AUGGCGCAGAAAAACGUGUCGCAAUUGUAUUUUGAUUUAAUACGUUUAUUUAAACAAUGGCCAAUAGAUAAAUCGAAAACUGGUCGAGAUUUAGGUGAAGCGUUACGCAAACAAUUUUCUGAUUCAUUUAGUAGUGGUGAAAAUUCAUCUGUUGAUGUCGCAUAUUGGACGAAAUUUUAUAGUGAUAUGAAAUAUUUGAUAUCAAAUGAAAUUCGUGAUACCUAUCCGCGUGACCGAGACUGGACGGCAUCUGGUAUGAGUGCUGAACAAAUACGUUGGAUAUUAUCAAACAAAAGUUUAGAAAUGAAUAAAAAAUUUGCAAAAAGAUUGAAGUGA